UGCUGUCUCUAUUAGUGCGGGGUGUGGCACCCAGCACCUAGUGAAUUAAAAGCCCCUUCGUGAGGUACACCAGCUCCUGGGAAACUGGCCGCUGCCCUAUGCUGAAGGUCACUUGCCCUGGUGUGUUCCUGCCAGAGAAACAUGACAUUUACCUCAGUGUCUGCAUCCUGGGCCAAUACAAGGAGACAGAAUGCCUUCCUCCAAUUUUCCCGCUCUUAUUUCAUGAAAAGAUGUGGUUUGAAAAGGUAUUUGAUAGUGCUGUUGACCCUGCUGCUGUAACAGAGAUGCUUGAAAGCAAUCUAACAACAUUUGGAUUAAUUCAACUAGUAUCUUCAGUGGGGAACAGUCUCGCUUUUUAUGAAGAGAAUACUCGAGAUUUUCUCUUCCCAGAGCCCAAGCUGACUCCUGUGUAUCCUGGUGGGGUGAGAGAGUUAUUAAUGAAAACGUCUCCUCGUUUCCCAGGAAUUGCACCAAAAAUAGAAUUUUCCACAAGAACAACCAUCACUGAGUUUCCACUUCAGUACAGAAAGCUGUUCUGUGGAAGAAACAGAACGAGGAUACAAAGAUCUGCAUCGGUAUCACCCAGGCGAAGGAGCAUUUCACCAGCACGAUGUAAGACUACAAAGAAAAAGGAUAAUAAGAUCUGCAAGAGCCUUGCCAGGUUAUUAAGAUCCCGCUCUCCAUCUCCAAAAGCUACAAAGCACUUGUGUCAGCUCUGCAAAGCAAACCAACAUCAUCAAUCAAGGCUAAGCCUGGGAUCUGGUGGGUACAAACUGGAAACAGAAACCAGGCCACCAUUUGUUGUUAGACACGUAGAUAGUUGUAACCCAUUUGGUGAAAAAGCUUCAACACAAUUACCUCACCGAAAUCCCAAACAAAAUACGAUCUCAGCAAGGAAUUCUCUUGACUUUCAAUUGAAACAAGCUUUAUCUUUUGAUAGCUCUGAAGCAUCAAUUUCCCCAGUUCAGGUUACCAGGGAACCAGAGGAACAGACCACAUCUGACCAUGAUUCAUCAUCUCUUGAAACGGAUGAACUAGUACAGUACAAUAACUUGUUCAGUUCUCCCACUCAGGGGGAUUUAACUUUUCACCGCACCGCAUCAUUUGCCACCUCCCCAUGUUACAGAUCACCUAGUCCUGUUCGGAGUCACUCUUCUUUGCAGCACAGGUUAUACUCCAAUCCUCAUUUCAACUGGGAAAAGGUCCACAAGAGAGUGCAGAGUCUCCUAACCUCAAACCAGGCCAAGCAGAGACUUUCCUUUGGAGCCACUGAUUCUGAAAUUGAUGAUGUCCUUGAAAGAAGGUCCAUCUCUUUGAGGAGUUCCCCUCAGGAUGGUUCACUGGAGCAAAGAUAUUGCUGAGUAGUUGUCAUCAGAAAGCAGGAACAACUCAACGACUGGUGGACUCGGAUUUGAAGAACUGAGACAGACCUCUCCACCUCAGAGUUGAUUGGGAGUUCAUUCUCUGUGUGGUGUUAUGUCUAAUCUAUUUCUUAAAGCAAUACAUUGUAGUUUGUGCAGGACAAGCACGUCCGAUUGAAUGAUGGCAGUGUGCGGCUCAGAUAUUUUCAUAAGUGUUAGUUCAUUAAGGACUAAAAAUAAUAAUAAUGGUGCUGCAAAUCUUUGGGCCUUAGUGGUUUGCAGAACUUUUUGCAGGUGAUUCCACUGGGACUGGUCCAGCUUUGGAACUGACUAUCUAGAAUGAGUUGUUUUUUUCAGAAGUCAGUUCUCCUCUCAAUAUAUGCACAUCAUUCUCAUCUACCCACUUGAGGAGAGAGGAAUAAAGAUCCUUUGAAUAUUAAA